CAAAUACAAAAGCGACUUUCCCUGUAUUGUCUUUAUCACUAUGCGGAACAAUAAUGGCGGCAACAAAAGAGGUUUCAGAGAUUGACUGGCAAAGUAAUAAAACUUUACAACAAAGUUUAGAGUUUAUGUUACUAAACCAAAUAGGUUGUGAUGUACAGUUUGCAGUAGGCGACCAGAAAGAACAAAUAAAGGCCCACAAAGUUGUAUUAGCAAGCAGAAGUCCUGUGUUCUUUGCUUUGUUUGAGCAAGAGGAACAAAACAAUAUGCAACCACAGGUUAUUCCGAAAACAGAAAGAACUAGUAGUGUAGUUUCAGUGAAAAACAUUAAUCAGACUAAGGAGCCUCGAUCUGACAGUCAAGCUUCUAUUAAAAGUAACAUGUCUAAUAAAAGUACAUCAAUGAGUGUUGGUAGAGGAGGAGGAUGGAUUGAUAUGAAUGAUUCAUCCAUGUUUGCAAAGCAACCAGUUGCGUCACCUAGAGACACCAUAAAAGCCCCUGAACAACCAAUCAAAGAGACGGUUGUUAAACAAGAAAAGAUUAACGAAAUAGCUGACACAGAUCUUAAAACUUUUCAACUGUUUUUAAGUUAUCUCUAUACUGACGAUGUGGAGCUAGAGUACAGUACAGCUGCAAAAUUAGCACCUCUUGCAGUCACUUACAAGGUGAAUGGCCUACUGAACCAAACAAUAAAGUGUCUUUUUGACCAGGUGAACGCAAAUAAUGCAUGCAGUGCAUUUGAAAUAGCUCAUCUCACACGGUCUGCGGAUCUCAAAAUGAAAUGCAUGUACAUCAUUACAAAUACCGCACGUGAGGCAAUACGAUCACGUGAUUUCAUGAAGCUGUGUCCAGAUUGUGUGAGCAGAAUAACAGAAUCAACUGAUCUAAAUGCUAGUGAGGAUGAAAUUUAUGAGGCGUUAAUAGAAUGGGGCGAGCAUGAGUGUAUGCGGAACAAGAAAGAAAUAAAUCCAACGAAUAUUCGGAAUGUCAUGGGCAACAUAUUCUACAAUAUAAGGUUUCCUGCAAUGAAUGAUGCGUAUUACAAGCGAGAGGUUGAACCAAAAACAUUUCUGACGACCGAGGAAAAAGAAUUAAUUGCAAAAUUUAAAUCCGGGUCUACUAAAAAAGAUAUGUUACCGUUCAAGGUUCAUCCGAGAGUAAAUGUUGCGUUCCAUGCUGUAAUGCGUUGUCAGUUGGACCAAAAGCUACGGGAACAUACGGGGAAACCAGAUGCUCUUUGUUUUGAUGUAUCGGAACAAGUCUGGUUACACGGUAUAGCUGUGUUUGGGGCGUACUUUGAACAGACCAACCACGUGCAUCUGGAGGUUCGCGAUGAAAGUCACAAUGUCAUCUCGAUUUAUCAAGGUCAGAUUGACACAGUUCCCAAUGAUGAAGUGUACGAAGUUGUAUUGCAUGCACCUAUUCUUCUACAACCAGAUCAAAUAUAUACAUUACUAUUGACACUCGUUGGUCCGAACAAACAUUUUUAUAGGGGAAUCGGCGGUAAAAACCUUGUGGAAUUCAAAGAUAUGAAAAUUUGCUUUUAUGAUUCAAACUUUUCAAAGAACGGGACGUCAAUUGAAGGCGGUCAGAUCCCUGCACUUUUGUUGUCAACUUAACAUGCAUACUUACUAUAUUAUCAACUGAAAUUAAAUUUAGAUGGUGACUUUAGAGUCUUGCAUUUUAUACAGCAAAGAUCUUUCAUUGAAAUCAGAAUUCAAUGUAAAGAGGUGUUUCUUAGUUUGGAGAACUGAAAUUGAAAUAAUUAUACAGUGAUUGACGUUUUUUUGUUGUUGUUGUCAUAUAAAGUGUCAGUUAAAUUUAUUUACAGCUUUUCUAGACUUGGGACGAUUUAGAACGUAUGUUGAUCUGUAGAUGUCUUAUUCGAUAUUAUCGACGAGUGAAAAAUAAAUUUAACAAUUUGAAAGACA